AUGCAUUGAUGCAUUGAGGAAGUGCCCAGUUUCUUACGUUGCAGUUGUGUCGUGGAGGAAAUAAUCUACAUAAAGACAGUGUUCUUUCUUCCUUUGUGACCCAGUCCAAAAAAACUAAGCUCAAGAAGUGAAUCAAAGACGAAAGUCAAGACAGACACAGAGAGAGAGAGAAGAGGGAGGGGAGAGGGUUGUUAUAUUAUGAAAUAUGAGUCCUGAUGAGAGAUAAAAGCUCUCUAUAAUCUUGGCUGUUUAGUCUACAGUUUAGAGAUCUAAGGUGUAGAUCUAGAACUUGAAAGCUUAGACUUUGGUCUAAAAGACCUAGAUUUUCUAGUUCUACUCGAAGUCAAGUCAUAAGAACCUGGCCUGAGUAGCCUGCACUAGGACAGGCACAGGUAGGCCUAGACCCUUGACUGUUUAUUUUUUAGUAGAAGCCACCAGGCCUAUUUUAGAUGUAGAUUUAGAUUUAGUAAUAGGACUACCCAAUAACAUAACAUUGAACUUGAUUGAACGGACUUACUUUGGGGAGUUUUAAAAGUCCAGAGUGAGAUUUAGAUUUUACAGACACCCCAAACAUGGGUGCACACACUUUUUAAAAGACAGGGAUCUUAGGAGGAUCGAUCUAAAACACCAGAAUUUAUUUAUUGUAGUAAAUUAGGCAAGUGUUUCAUGUCAAAAUGGAUAAACUUUCGAUAAUUUCGGGUGCACUGUUUUUUGCUGCUGACAUCUUUGCUGUUGUGAGUCUUGCCAUGCCACACUGGAUCGUGUCUGAAAUUGGAGGAGACACAAAUAUUGGUUUACUGAAGACAUGUCUUACAAUCUACGGAAGACCUUCCAUCUGCUUCAUGCCCAGCCCUGUGAGAGGGGAGUGGCUACUGGCCUUUAUCUGCAUUGUACUGGGGAUCAUCUGCAUCAGCAUAACCAUCGUUCUCUUGGCGCUGUCCUAUUGGGAAUAUCGCGUCAUGAAGUUUGCCAGAUGGCUGGGAUUUGUCGCCAUGAUCCUGUUCUGUCUGGCUGCUGUUAUCUUCCCCAUCGGCUUUGACAUGGACCAGAUUGGGGGUGAAGCCUAUCAGCUGCCCAACAACUAUCGCGUUGGAAUUUCCUACAUCUUCUUUGUCCUGGCGUUGUGGAUCACGGUGGUGUCACAGCUGUUUGCCAGCAAAGUUUGUUUGCCUCAUUUUUAAUACUCUGCACAUUUUACAACUCCCAUGCAUGUCCAAUGAGCAGUGCUCAUUGAGACAGGAGAAGAGAUAUUAACCUCUUCUUCCCUGAACCAUUUUUGUUACAAGGUUCAAUCUACCUGUUCUAAAAAAUCCUUAUUUUUCUAAAUAUACAUAAUUUAUUUGAUUUAAAUUUGAAAGUUGAUUAACCAUUGUGACCGUGCUCAGCUUUCACGUAUUUUCACGUGCAUAGUAUGUCACUGUUUUUGUUGUAAGUAUUACUGUUAUCCCUAGCUCUUGGGUUUAUUCAACUCUUUCCAGCUAGCUAGUCUAUCGGAGGUUUACGUACAUGUAAAUGAGUUACAUAUCAAAUGAUGAAUCCAGUAAUUGGGAGAAUUGUGGACAACUCUUUCCAGCUUGCUAGUCUAUCGGAGGUUUCCGUACCUGUAGAUGAGUUACAUAUCAAAUGAUGAAUCCAGCAAUUGGGAGAACUGUGGACAAGAAGGUCACCAAACUACACGGUACCAAUAAUGCCGACAUUGGCAUCAUUUGUGACAUUUAGUUUGAUGAAGUUCUUUUCCACAAUCCUCACAAAUGCUAGAUUCAUGCCCUCCAUUUUGUUAUUAGAAUCUGGACUACACUACGAUUAAUGAGCUGCAAAGAUCUACCAACCUGACCAAAUUUAUAUCUGGUCAGAAUCUUUUUUUGCAUUUAGUUUUGGUAGGGGGAAGAACCCCUUUAUGAUUAUUGUUAACUUUUGUUGCAUUUUGUCUUCUGUGUUCAUAUCCUGAUUGUUGACUGAAUUGUUGUAUGUUUCUUGUCAUAGCAGUCUGUCAAGGAAGACUGGGGAGUUGUUCAACGACAGGGAAUGAUAAGGACCGGUCUCGGAACCAUGACUUUAAACCAUUGGCUGUUGUUAGAAAUGUUUGCAUGGACACACCCCACACAUUCAUAUGCUCAACCCUGUACCACUCUACAAACUCUUUAUUAUAAUAGUUCUUCGGUUAAGGUCUGAAGAUGACAAUGUGUCUGAUGAGGAAAAUGUUUCG